GCGGGGCAGCGUUUCCCGGGCACUGGUACAAGCUGAACUGCAAACACCGGCAGCCGCCUCCUGCUUGUUUAUCUGCCCCCACUGCCCAUCCUCGCUUCUUUCACGGGGGGAGUCGCCCCACUUGAAGUUGGGUGGCAAACGUCGCAGAGCGCCCCAAGAGCCUUCAAACGGGGGGCAAAGCUGUUCCGAGCAGCCUCCCCUCCCGCGGAUCUGCGUCUCUUCCCGGCAGGACUUAGCAACUUCUUCACCUCCCCCUCCCCCCGCUGGCCUUUUAUUUUUGUCUCUCCCUCCCCAAGCUCUGCAAUGACCAGGACUCUGCCUCCCCCCGGCCAUGGGGAAUGGCGAGCCACGGCUUCUGGCAGCGCCGGGAAGGCUCGCCCGAGGAGAAGGGAAGAGUGAGCGCGGCACAGAGCAGCAGGAAGAAGAAGAAGAAAGCGGGCAGAAAGUCCCUGCUGCAGCUGCCCGCACGCAGCUUCAUCCCGCUCCCCCCCCCCCCAGCCCAUCCCGAGCAGCAGGAGUGCGGGGGAGCAAUGAUGGCCUAGAAAUGAACCAGCGCUGCUGACUUUGUCCCGCGGCUUCUUUCUGUUCUUCCACCCCUUCCGAGCCGACAACCCCGUGGAUUUUUUUUUUAACCUGCAGCGAUCUCGGAGGGAGAGCCUAUAAACAGGGCGACAGCCUCUUUGAUCAGGGGACAGGAGAGGGAGGUUGAUCUCCUUACCAAAUCCGAGGCUUUAACUUUGCAGACUCUUCCUAGCCUUGCCACCCUCUCGCGCUUCUCCGUUUGCACCCUGUGAUAGAUAUUAAUUUUUGCAAUCUCUGGAGGAACUUGAGAGGGUUUCUCUCACUCUGCUGGGGAGGGGAAGGGGUUGCCUCGUUGUGUAUGUGGGGGGAAGAAGGGAGGCUGAAACUAUGGCUCUGACCAGCGACUCUGCCAGUGUCAGAGGCAAGUCCAGCCGGAGCAUUGGUGAGGAGAAAAGCCCAGCAGCAGGAGUAGGAUCUGAUUGCAAUGGGUAUUGUUACUCUGAUGGGAAACAGAAGCAGCCGGGCACUCAGCAGGGGCAAAAGGAAGACUCAACCUGCCAGCUCUGCUGGGGAGACCUGGUGCUGCAGAAAAUCUGGAGCUCCCGGAAACUUUCCUCGGCUCUCUGCGCCGGAUCCCUGUCCUUCUUGCUGGCUCUGGUGGUCAGGUUGGUCCGGGGGGAGAUCGGCUGCAAUCUGGAGGAGAAGGAGAUAGUGGCGGCGGAGGAGGAAGCAGCAGCCGCAACAGCUGGAGGAGGAGAAGCGGCUGGUUUGCCGUUGCCCCCAGCAGGGUUCCCCAGUAGCAACAGCAGCAGCUUCCAGCUGACUCCUUGGCUGCAUCCCAUCGCUUUGCUCUUCAGCCUCAUGUGUGUCUUCUUUUGGAUGGGCUUGUACUUGCUGCGCUCCGGGGUCCGCCUGCACACAGCCGCCUUGCUCCUGGCCGCCUGCUGCGGGGGGGAAGCGAUUGUCCAGAUUGGGUUUGCGGUAGGGGAGGAUCACUUGCUUUCCUUCACCGCCACGGGGGUGGUGCUGAGCUGCCUGGCCACUGUGACAUGGCUGGUGCUGAAGCUGAGGCAGGGCGUCCUCAUGAUCGCCUUGACUAGUGCGGUCAGGACCACGUCCCUAGUCUCCUUAGAGAGGAUCAAGGUAGCCUGGAGACCCUACCUGGCUUACUUGGUCGGGCUACUGGGCAUCCUGCUGGCCAGGUACGCGGAUCAGCUCUUGCCCCAUUACGGGGCUGCGCAGCAUAGAGAGGUUUCUGGUGCCCAGCUGGCCAAGGAAGAGGUCCCGGUGUUUAAGAGGAGGAGGAGGUCCAGCUCCAUGAUCUCUCCCGAGAUGUCCAGCUGCAGCAACAAGACUCAUCGGAGGACCUCCCUGCCUUGCAUACCUAGGGAGCAGCUCAUGGGGCAUUCUGAAUGGGACCACAAACGAGGGUCCAGAGGAUCACAGUCUUCAGGUACCAGUAUUACAGUUGAUAUCGCUGUUAUGGGAGAAGCUCAUGGGCUCAUUACCGACCUUCUGGCAGAUCCUUCGUUGCCACCUAAUGUGUGUACUUCCCUGAGAGCAGUGAGCAACCUGCUAAACACACAGUUAACCUUCCAGGCUAUUCAUAAGCCAAGGGUUAACCCUUUGAUGUCCUUCAGCGAGAACUACACCUGCUCUGACUCAGAGGAAUGUCCGGAAAAAGGAGAAAAGCUGGCUAUUCCCAAGCGUCUACGGAAGAGUCUGCCUCCAGGUCUACUCAGGCGAGUGUCGUCAACUUGGACCACAACAACAUCUGCCACAGGUUUACCUACCUUGGAGCCUGCACCAGUGAGAAGAGACCGCAGUGGCAGCAUCAAACCUCAUGAAUCUUCUUCAUCCAGCACUGACCCUUGGAACAGCUCAAUUCUGAUGGCCAUCACAAAAAAUAGGUCCUUCUCAGCCUCCUAUGCGAUGUCUGCAACAAACCAUCUGAAUUCCAAAAGGCAAAGCCGACAAGGUAUCCCACCUCUCACAUCCCCAUGCCAUUCACCUAUUCAGGGAACCCCAGCCACCAGUCCCACUGGCAAAACCUCUUCUGUGCAAUUUCCAGACCCUACUGACACUGACACCAAGCAGACCUUGAAACCACACAAGGUUUUAACUUCUACUCAGAGCGCACCAGACCUUUCGGAGCAGAUUAUGGGCCCCCCUGUUAUCUGUAGCAGCUGUGGCAGACCGUAUAGCCAAAUAGGUUCUGGCACUGGACCGCUGGACAGAGGUGAUGGAACAACACAUGGCCUGACCAGAACAGAUGAUCCAGCUCAAGCCACCUCUGACUAUGAAACCAACAACAGUGACAGCAGCGAUAUUGUACAAAAUGACGACGAGACGGAUUGCUCUAAAGACCCAAUGCGGAAGGGAUCUGUCUGCAGAACGUACGCGCCUGAGACUAUCAUGUUGCACCCUUUAAUACCAUCCGAGGACAAACCGAUCCUUGCCCCAGAGCCUCUUGUCAUGGACAACUUGGACUCCCUUAUGGAUCAGCUAAACAAUUGGAACUUUCCAAUCUUUGAUUUGGUGGAAAAAAUAGGAAGGAAAUGUGGUCGAAUCCUCAGCCAGGUAUCAUACAGGCUUUUUGAAGACAUGGGGCUGUUUGAAGCCUUUAAGAUUCCAGAGCGGGAGUUCAUGAAUUACUUUCAUGCCUUGGAGUGUGGAUACCGAGAGAUACCUUAUCACAACAGAAUUCAUGCGACUGAUGUUCUACAUGCUGUUUGGUACCUUAGUACUCAGCCUAUCCCAGGACUCCCAACUGUGGUUAAUGACCAUGGGUCAGCAAGUGAUUCAGAUUCUGAUAGUGGAAUCACUCAUGGCCAUAUGGGAUAUGUGUUUUCGAAGAUGUACACACCUGCAGAUGAGAGUUACGGCUGCCUAGCUGGCAACAUCCCUGCCCUAGAAUUGAUGGCACUUUAUGUAGCUGCAGCCAUGCAUGAUUAUGAUCAUCCAGGAAGGACCAAUGCCUUUUUGGUUGCAACCAGUGCGCCUCAGGCUGUGCUGUAUAACGACCGCUCUGUUUUGGAGAACCAUCAUGCAGCUGCUGCAUGGAAUCUUUUCAUGUCCAGGCCAGAGUAUAACUUCUUAGUCAACCUUGAUCAUGUGGAAUUCAAGCAUUUCCGCUUCCUUGUAAUUGAGGCCAUUUUGGCCACUGACCUGAAGAAACACUUCGAUUUUGUAGCCAGAUUCAAUGCCAAGGUGAAUGAUGAUGUUGGAAUUGACUGGGCUAAUGAAAAUGACCGCUUGCUGGUUUGUCAAAUGUGCAUCAAACUGGCUGACAUCAAUGGGCCUGCCAAAUGCAAAGACUUGCAUCUGCAGUGGACAGAGGGCAUUGUUAAUGAAUUCUAUGAACAGGGUGAUGAAGAGGCGAGCCUUGGCCUUCCUAUAAGUCCUUUCAUGGAUCGUUCAGCUCCCCAGUUGGCACACCUUCAGGAAUCCUUCAUUUCUCACAUUGUGGGUCCACUAUGUAAUUCCUAUGACUCAGCGGGGCUGAUGCCAGGGAAAUGGGUGGAAGAUAGCGAUGAGUCAGGAGAUACUGAUGAGCAGGAAGAGGAAGAAACAGCAGAAAUGGAAACGUGUGAAAAUUCCGAGUCAAGAAAGAAAAAGUUCAAGCGGAGGAAAAUCUACUGCCAGAUCACUCAGCACCUGCUUCAGAACCAUAAAAUGUGGAAGAAAGUAAUUGAAGAUGAGGAAAGGAUAGCUGGGACAGAAAAGCAAGGUCUAGAGCAAUCCACGCUGCACCAAUCCUCGGAACAAAUUCAGGCCAUCAGGGAAGAGGAGGAGGAGAAAGGGAAACCCAAAGGGGAGGAGGAGGAGGACACAGCUAUAGAACUGAACCAAUAACAAUAUUUUCAACAGUAUUUUAAGACAGAUUGACUUGUGCACAGACUCCUUUUCAAGCCAGCACAACACUUAGACACAACACUGUAGAAAUAUUGGAUAAUGCGCCUACAGCAAUUUGAUUUGUUUCUCUUUCCUUUGUAUGGUGAGGUACAUUGUUUAAACUCCUAUGCUCAAGAAGCUUUCGCACUGCGACACUGGCUUUUAGAGACUUUCUUAACGAGGCAAGGAGAGGGUGGAAUUAUGUACAUAGCCGUUCAUUGGCUGCGCACUUCAGCAAAGUACAUGUAAUGAUACAUUAUGGUCACCGUGAUAUUACAGAAGGAAGUUGUCCAAGGAAAUACUGCUCCUAAAGCACAUUUGCAGUUAACUGUGAGGUACCAGUUAAGUAGAUUUUGCUCUUAACGCUGAGGGAUAAAAGUUCCAAAGCUUUCUCAGAAUGUUAAUACAUCCUGCUAACAUAUAUGUGGGGGAGAAGAGGGCGCGCACGUGUGUGUAUUUGGCUGGAUGUACUAUAAUGUAACUGAGUUUGAGUUUUUAUCAGACUAGGUUUAGCACAUGGCUUGUGAACAAACACAGGGCCCCAAUUCUAAGAAAUGUGGGUUGGCGUGGAAAGUGGAUCCCUUCGUAAGGAGCUCUGCAUUUUCAGUGGCCAAUGAAGCCUUCUUUUGCAGCCUGGUUGCACCACUGUCUUUCAGCAGAAGCCGUGCGACUCUCACUGCUGACUGGCACCAUUUGGCAGCACCCUGUGACUGAACUCCUAACCACCUGCCACAUUGGCACUUUCCAGACUACCAGUGAAAGGAAUGUGCAUGGAAUCCAUCGUAUCCAAAGUGUGGGUUAUUAUAGGGCACACUUUGUUACUCCUCGUUAAGAAAACUGUGCCUUUGAAUGAGUUAGAGGUUUCAGGGAGCACUGUGUGUGUGUGUGAGAGAGAGAGAGAGAGAGAGACCAUGCAUGCUUGGGAGUUAAUCACACACUACUGCUUCCUCCCUUCCCCAGCCUUACAUUUCCUUGUGUCAGUGGCCAAACACAUUGUAAAAUGAAGCUAAAUUGUCAUCUUUAAAGUGCAGCAGGAGAGAUGUGAAGCCAUCCAGUUCCUUGGGCUCAAAAGGCAGUGUCUUUGUGAUGCUCCAACAGAAGGGUGCGGUGAGGGAGCAGCUGCUUGUCCAUAUUUGCUAGAUGCUUGUAUGCCUCAGCAGCCACUCACACCAGCUUCAGAGAGUGCCAUUUUUCAGCACAGGGUGCUGAAUGGGAGCCAUUUGCAGCUGGCAUUCUGCUUAGAUGCAACAUACUCCAUCCAUACUACUUUGUUUGCGCUUUGGGGGAAAAGAAAGAUUGGGGUUGUAGUAGAGCAGAUAAUUUUUGGUUUGUUUCUCUGUCAUUUAAGCUGUGAGCCAAACGUCUAUUUAAAAAGUUGAUAUUCACGUUCAAUAUUUUAUUUCACGAUAUUAUAUUUGUCAAUGAUUAGUUAUCUAGAUGUAAAUAUGGAGAAAUUUGUAUGGGUUCCUGUAGAUAAUGAAGUCUUUAAGAAAAAGGGGGGGAAAAAGGGAAAUGUUUUUGUAAAGGUAAUUUUUUAAAAAACACCAUUUUUAUACAGUGUAGCCAUUUCCAAGCCCAUCAAAUAAGGUCUUGAGUAGUUAAGGGAAGCCACUGGUCUACAGGAGCCAGACACUGACAUAUUCAUGUUUAUUGAUUUGGACAGGUAGCCUCAGCCAUUACCUUGCUAAUUAAGGAUUUACCAGAAAUCUUUUGGUUCCCCCCAAAAAAUCUGAGUUCUUGAUCUCCCAAAAGGUGGACCAAUGAGGUAAGCCAUUCUAAAAUCUGAGCCUGCAUACCUCAUUCAUCAACAAAGCUUGAGUGGGGCUGCUUGGAUGAAUAAGAAAUAUGUAAGUAAAGGUUGCAGUAACAGCCCAUCCUGUUUUAACUUAAGUCUCUGAUCUGUCCAUUGCUCACCCCCUUUUAUUUACCACCCUUCACAGUAUUUUAUUGACUCAUUAGUACUUCUUGGGAAAGAACAGAGAACAUUCUGUUUCUAAACCAGUCUGCAUAUGUGUUAUCACUUCUGUAUUAUUCUCCAAUUCAGCCUGCAGUUUGGGUGUCUUUGUUUCUUGUGGGUUCAUCUUCUCUUUAUCUUUUCUUCCCCCUUCAAACAGUAGGAAGACACACUCCACUGUUAGUGACAGCAUGAUUAUAGAGCAUCAUUUCAGUUGGGAACAUCAAUAGAAAGAGUUGAUUAAUGCUAAAAAAAAAUGAAAGAUCCUGAUUUCAUUUUUUUUUAAGUAAGGGAAAUCAGAUAACUAAGCAUAAUUCUUCCAAAACAAAAUGGAAUGCCUCUCAAAGUUUUCUCCAAAGCACCAGCAGGUCUCCAGUAAUUCAGGCUUGCACUGUUUCAACGUUCAUUCAGUCACCUCUGUCUAUCAAUUAAUGUUUUGGCACCAAUUAUAUACCAGGUUGAAGAGCUUUCUCACAACAUUUAACAUGUCCUUUAAUAUUAUUUUAUGAAGAAUCAAACUCACAGACACUGUAGAAUUCCACAUCCCAACUGAUGAUGAAAAUCUAUGGUCAGAGUUGGAAUUUUUUAAAAAUGCCAAUGGGCUAAACAAAAAAACAAAACAAAAAAAAAUCCUUGGUGAAAACAAAAGGCAGGGUUCAAAGGUGCUAAUAAAAGCACAGAUGGUGUAAUAAAGAGGGGAGGCAUUCCAAAUACAAGGCUGAAUCCUGCAAACCUUUUACUCCUGCACAUAGUCCUGUUGAAUUCCUUGUAUAAGUAUGGGCUACUUACCCAAGCAAGAGUGCAGGACUGGGCCUCUGAAAAAGAGCUCUUUAAAAUGUACCUAGAGGAGAUUUUUAAGAUAAAUCCUUAGUUGUCAUCAUUCUAAUUGCUACUCAGCAAUAUUAAAGUCUGUUUCCAAUUCAUUGAGCUUACUUCCUGUAGUGCCAGUGAGGCUGUUACAAAUUGCUACAUUACUACACAAGCCUAUUUGUGGGUGCAGUUAGACAAACUCAGGUCUUUUUAAAUGAAGGAAUUGCUGGCAGGCUUAGAACAGGAAUGGUGAACAUUAUCCAAACUGUAGAGCAGCAGGCAACACAAGUGAAAGCAAAAACAGCUGGGACUGGUUAACUUGAUAAUAUGCUAUCUGUGGUGAUGUGCAGAAUUCGUUGGUAUUAGUAAAAAAACAGCUGCAUCUAGUAACAAACCAGGUGACAUUCUUGCACUCCACAUUGCUACUGGCAGAACCCGACUUCAGUAGGCAGUGACCCACUUAUAAAUCUUACCUGUUGUCUUUGAAAAUGUUUUUCCACCAAGAAAUUAUUAGGAAACUUCCCAGACAUGUUUUACCAGUAAAAAAUAGGUUUGUAUUGAAUGUGUGCAUACAGUUUUGCUUUCUUUUGUAAUAGAUAACAAAGCAAAUAGUUGAUUAUCCAGAGAUUUAUGUACUGGUCUUGGCCCAAAAGAGAGGGAAGAACCAAAACUUUCAACCAGAAGUUUCAGCAGCCCUUUCAGGCCAUUUUGGUUUCCUACUUUCUACAGCCCUUUGGUGUUCUGAAAUCCAGAUAAACCACAGCCUGUGCAAUAAUUUUGAAACAAAAAAAAGUAAAUUGCAUUUCAUCAGCAGUGUUCAGUUUUCAGGUAGAGUAUCAAUGAAUGUUUUAAGUGUUGAUAUGAGAUUCUGGUAUGUACAGUAUAUAAUUUGUUUAAUACUGAGGAAACCAAAAACCUUUUCAAGAAUGUUUCUCGGUAGAAAUAAUAAUUAGAAAUUACUUUCUUAUGGAAUUCCAUACUUUGGGGGUGGCAGGCACAUGUCUCAAGUUCUACAUUCUUUUUAAAAAGAGAGUGAGGAUAGGUUAAGACUUCCAAUUUUGAAUCAGAAUCCUCAUUCCCUUGUUAAUUUUGUCUUCUCCAUUGUAAUCACUAACUGAUUUA